AUGAACGCAGUGAACGAGACUUUCAGUGACACAGAGACCGCAAGCCAAUCCUCUGAUGCUUCCAGUAUCCAUCCACCCCGUAACGAUGCACAUCCCCCUCCACGAAGCCAGCUCCGGCCCCAGCGUCCGACUUUGCCCUUCGUGCCGUAUGCCGACUGGGCGCCGACUCAGUCGUACGAUUACAACCCGCCGGUCUGCAUCAAGUAUGUCGUGGAAUGGAAGGUGGCCUUCAAUAACAGGAAGAUCCGCAUGCAUACAGAAGACAAUCUCGUGGUGGCGCCCAGCGAGUUCUGGAGUGAGAAAUUGUGCGCAAAGGUCCGCGACAUCGCGAAGACGACGUCGAAGCCCAGUAGACCCGAUUCAUCAACCAUCGUCGUAUCCGUGAACGAGAAAUCCGAGCCAGCCAUAACAAAGAGCUUUGCGGAGCUUGAGAUCGAUUGGUCCGCUGUGGAACGGCAGCUACAAGCUUGGAGCCAUCUUCUCCGCAUCGGGAAGAAGCUGAAGGUUGACGCCUCGUUCAAGUUCGCGGAGAGUGGCAAGGCGGCCCGUACCGCCGGGCGUGGUGCCACUGCCACGCAGCUUGCGGAGUCUGACGUGAGAAUCGAUGCGGAGCAAGCAUCGCUCGGUGACACAUCGCCGUACAGGCUUGUGUACCAAGUGUUCCGUUGCCCAGGACCGCCAUGUGACCGUGGGCCGUACUGCUGGUUGGACCCCAAUGGCCACAAACACUACAAACUCAUGACGCAUCAGCUCAAGAGCCUUGUCAAGUUUGUGCGGGAAGGUAACACAUUGCAGGGGCCUGGCGACGUCCCGGACUAUAUUCGCGAGCAACUAUAUGCCGAAGAGCAGCAGCUCACCGAUCGUAGGAAGAAAAGGAAAGUCUCUCCUUCGCACAUUGAAGGUGUGCAACCGAUGAUCGUCAACAACUAUAUCCCAUCGCAGCAAGAUGCCAAGCGAUAUCCGGAGCCACCGACCUCUUGUGCGCUGGAUAGCUCUGUUCCGCGUUCGCUGCCGCUUAGCAUUCCCGGCCUACGAGAUGAAGCCGUGAAGGAAUACUGUAGAUGGCAUUGCUCCCAAGUGGGGAGCAUGGACCAGAAGAGGGCAUACGAGCUGGCCCGUGAUCUGACCUUGGCGAGGAGCCUUGAUCUGGAGCUUGUGGACGAGGACAACGACGCGCAGUUUUACAUCGACAAAGGUGUGUCGGAGGGUGUGGCACGUCGUUUUGUUCGAGAUGUGCACGUCUUCUUGGAGCAGUAUGUGUAA